UUUUCAAAUUUAAAUACAGCACUUUAUAUUUUGUGCCUCAGUUAACAAAGUCUGCUUUGGGAAGUUUUUAGGUCUGUUAAUUUCCUUUAAGUGUUUUUACGGUUUUAUGACAUUAAACUUUGUAAGAUGUACCAGGCUUUUUAGUGCUAAUGUCAGGGUUUCCCACUCUAAUGCCAGUGUUAACAAUACUUUAUGGGGAAACCCUGAAUGCUUAAGAACUAAACACCAGUCUACUGACCUCAGAUUAUAUCUUUAAGAUUAUAUUUGCAUUCAAAUGUCCCAUUAUGCUUAUUAAUACUGAAACUUCUUGUUCUGGUUUGUAAAAACGACUCUUUUCAACUUAAAACGGGUAACAACUGGGGCUAGAAUCCCAUUACUUUCAGUCUUGUUUAAUUGGGCAACCUUGAAUAUUUUGCUGUCUGAAAACAGGAACCAAUUAAAAUCUGUGAAAUUUUCCUGUUAUCUUGUUUCUGUGUCAUUCAGGUGUGAUUUAUUGUGACUCAACAGGUAGUGAAAGGCCUGUGAGGCUGCUGUAGCUGAAAGAAACUUCUUCCCUCCUUAAAGUGACAACCGCACUAAAAAUCGUUUUAGUUGUUUAAGGGUAAUGUGCUUCUCCUUUUUACUUCCUUUCUCAAGUUCCUGUUUACAGCUUUAAGGACAAAUUCUAGGAUGAAAUAAAACUUAAGAGCAUGCAGUCUCCUUUUUGUAACCAGGCACUAUGGUUACCCUAAUACUAAAAUUUCAUGCUUGAUAGUGAUGCUAAGAAAAAUGCCCCAGACAAUUUUUAAUACCACAGAAACCUUUUUUGAAAGGACAGACAUCUUUCUAGAGAAUGCCCUCAGAAGCAUACAACUAAAAACAGUAUAAAGAUACUGGCUCUAUCUUUAUUGGGGAAAGACCAAUGAAUAGAAGGCAAUUUAGCACCCAUUUAGAAAAGAAAUAUAUAAAUUGAAAGUGUUACUUUCCUGUAGAGCAAUACAUUAAACAAACCCUUCAUGAAAGUAUGCAUGUUGAAUUCAGGUAAGCAGUUCAUUGGAAAUACCUUGUUUGUUAUGAAAUAAACAAAAAGUUGUGGCCCAUGCAAAACAUGUUUACAGUGUAGAAAAAUCCAGUUUGUACAAAUGAAUGAAUGAAUGAAUGAAUAUACUUUAUUAACCCUACUGGGAAGUUCACAAAGUACUUAGCAGCAGAUCUGUUCAGUUUCUGGUCAUUUUUGCACCUUUUUUUUCCUCCAUGAUCAACUUGAGUGAGCUAGAUUCAUAAAAAGUCAGAUCACCAUGAGUUCUGACUGGUUUCUGCUCACUGUUGUUGACACAUUGUCAUUUUAACAUCGCAGUGGGGCUAUAAGUAAGUUGUCAAAAUUUAAAUAGAAAGUGUUACAUCGCGUGGCUUUACUACUUCAGUUCAGGACAUGCAAGAGCUUUACGUAGCUUCUCACAUUCAUCUUAAACAGCGGAGCUUCUGUAUUUAAGACGCUUCACUGGCAUAAUGGUGCUAGCAAAGCUAGCACGAUGACCUACUUUCUCCCUUCAACUUUUUUUGACAUUCCUGUCUUAUGAGCAAUAUCCCUUGAGUCAAAAUGUUUGCUUUUUUCACUGAAGAGGGCCACAGAGGUUCUUCUCCAGAUGUGCUUGCCAUGCUAUGGGAGUUGAAUCGCACUAUAGAUGAAAAUGUGCUAACCAAUUGUCAAUUCCCAGCACCACACUGCUGUUUUGAUUCUUAGCCAUGAUUGUUCAGGUGAGCUCUUGCAAGUGAGGGAAGGGAGUGUCUGUGUGUCUGCAGGGCUGCUGUGCAGCAUUCUGUAGCAAAUAUUGAUUUUUGCAUCAGUAUUUGAUGGAAAAUAGAAUCUUUUUAAAAGUUUGUUUUUUAAAAUAUUAUGUUGACAACUACACUAUACACAAUCUUAAGCAGACGCAAGGUUAUUUUGUUUUCUGACCACUGAUCAGUUUUGAAGUUCAUCUUGUCUGCUUGUCUUCUGUUUUAAGUUGGCUUUACAUUUAAUGUUCAUUAUAAUUCAUAGUUAAAGACAAAUCUAAUGUUUUUUUCCCAUUAAGCAAAAACAAUAAGCUUUGUGGUUGUAACACAAAAAAAUCUAUGAAAUAUGUGUGGGCAGAAGAAAUACUGUAUUGGGAUUCCUGUUUUUCAGAAUGUUCUGUAGUGUGACUAAAAAUGAAAAUACAAUGACUUUUUUUUUUAUUAUGGUUGAUCAGAUCAAAGUGUUUUUUUCAUAGGUAGUAGACGGCAGCAUGAAGUGUGAGUCAGACAUUUACAGAAUAAUUUUUACAGGUUCCUAAAAAAUGUGCCUUAUUGUCACUGUGUAUGAUUUUUAUCAUGCUUUUAAAAAUCACCUUUUUUAAAAAACAUAAAAACAAAAGUUGACGUCAUUGCAUAGGAAGUUCAUGUUUUCCCCAGGUGUGUGAUAACACUUCUUUUAAGUGUCUGUGCAUAGUCAGAAAAUGCAACCCACCGAAACCUUGCUCAGAUGCACAGCCUGAAGGUUUGAGGUCAAACAUCUCUGAUGUUCUACUUACAGCCCUUUGCUGCUGUUUACUGUAGAACGAGGUUAGGGGCUUGCCCUUAUCAACUGUUUCAGUUAUGACUUGAAGAAAGGAAAUGGUGUGGAAAUUCCAUUGUCACGGGCUGAAGAUAAACGUUUGUUGUAGGUAUGCUGUUCCUAGAAGUUCUCAUUUUUUGCCAAGUCAGGAAUAAAUAAAUGGCGUUACAAGAAGGUUUCAUGGCUUCAGGUUUCAGUUUGCUCGCUGCAGUGGAUUAGAUUUUCUUUGACAAGAGCUGCAUGUAAUUUUUCAGAAUGCACAUAAAAAAAGUACUCAGGAUGUUCAUAAAUGCUGCUGUUUUUCUGUUAUCUCUAAUAAGGUUGCCUGAGUCAGUUGGGUAGAAUUGCAAAACGGGGAUUUCUGUAGCCGGUUGCUUAUGAAAGGUCAAGUCUGCAUCCCUGAGUUGUUUCGGUCAUGAUUAGAGAUGAACCAGUCAAUCAGCCAAAGAUGAGAAUUAGCCAUUUUUUCUCUGAUUGGCUUUGAUGUGUGGUCAACGGGUAAAAUACUGUAAAAUCCGACAGUUUUAUUCUUCUACUCGGUACGUGUUUCAAAACUAAGAACUUUGACCAGAUUUCUAGAAAUGCUUCAACCAGAUGGGUCUAAUCAUGUUUGACUGAAGAAAUAUUUUUUGAUGCAGAAACAGGGAAUCUUAUAAUUCCUAUUUGUUUUUGGAUGGGAUUCAUACAUUUCAGUCUAUUAAGGAAAACCCUGCUCUCUUUGUCAUUCUGCAUUUUCAAAAGUUUUUUAAAUCCAAACAUUUGAGGACCACUGCUUUGUCAUUCUGUUAUUCCGAAAGCUCACAUUGAACGAUUUAACUGAGUUUAGGCUGCUAACUUGGCUGAAACAAACUGCUGGCUGGUGAUUGAUACUGUGAAUGAAAUAAGCAAUUUCUUUCUCUUUCUGUUGGAUUUUCUCCAGGGAAUUAAAUGAAACUCUUUGUGUGAUUUAUUCUUAAUAUGAUGUGAAGUGUUAACUCAUGUACAGUGGAGAAAAAAAACAACAAAGAAAUGGAUUCAAAAAAUUUAUUUCGGCGCUGUGUUUGGCAGCACACUUGGGACUUGAUUUGCAUAUGUAUGACCCUGCGGCCUCUCAGCGACACUGGAAACAGCAGGAACUGGGACAUGAGUAAACUCUAUGGACAGGCUCUCUUUAUUCAGAUGCUAAAUAUCCUUUUAAAUUUUCUGGGCUGCCUCUCUUCAACCCUUCUCUGCAAACAAAUGAGGACGAAUGGUUCAACUAGAAAGCUUGGUCAGUUUCAUUGAUAAUUUUUCCUCAGGAGCUUGAUAAGCAGUUCAGGGAUAUUAACAAUCUACCUAGAAAUAAAUUUUAGGGUUUUAUUUUUAUUUUUUUUAGAUCAAGUAUGAUGGCAGUUUGCAGUUGUGUGCCUUAUUAGUUGAAUGCAAUAAGAUGCAGGAUCUCAGAUGUACUGUUGAGAAGCAGUUCUUCAAAAUGUUGGUUUCUUACUUAUGUUAUCUUCACAUCUUUGACACCUUUUUUUUUUCCCCCUGAGUGAAAUUUCACUUUUAAACUUGACGCGUUGAAGUGGAUCACAUGGACUUCUUGGCUUGAAAUUGUCAUUCAUCGAGAAUAUAGAAUGUGACAGACAACGUUUGACAGCCUCUUGUAGUGCUGGUUGAUGGGAUGUUGAAAUGGUUUUCCUGCAGUGGGAGAACAUUUUUUAAAUGUUUUGAUAAGGGCUAGAUGAUGUGGCCUAAAUUUAGCACCACAAUAUAGUUUGCAUUUAUUUGCAACGUACAAUAUCUACUGCAAAAAUUAAAAUAUUACUAUGGCAAUGAUCAUUCCCCCCCCACCCCCCUCCCAACAACAGGACAAAAGCAGCACAUUUUGCAAGUAUUUUUCCACUUGAUCCAAAAGCAGAUGAGAUCUUUAAAAUGGUACACUAGACCGGUGAACAUGUCAGCAAAAACAGCAAGCCAUCACUCAUCAUCGGAGACAAAUUCAGAGCUGUUUCUGUGUUGGGACUGAAGUGUUAAGGUUGCGAACUGAAGAAAAAGAGUAUCUGAUGCUCAGAGCUCCGGUUAUUGAUAUUUUUUUCCCUAAAUGUUAGCAUGUAUUUCAUGCUGUUCUGCAGGAAAUUGGGUUGAGUUCUUCUUGAAUACAACUUCACAGGAAGUGAGGUCCAUCCCUUUUCUGGUGAUCCUCUCUACAGUAGGCGUAAGCGUGUCGGAGCACAGAAGGACCGUAGAACUGUGGGUGGUCUCUGGCUCCUCAUCUGAUCACUGCUGCUUUACUACUCCCACCAAUAUCCAUUUAUGUUCUCAUGGCAUCACAGAUCUUUUGAAUAAAUGACAAAACAAGGAAUUAUGUGAGCUUGAUUGGAGUAAUUAGAAGUUUGUCAUAUUGGUUUUUUUUUUUCAUAUUCUCAAAUUGACUUGGACCUUCAAGAACAUCUAACAAUUUUUUAAAAAUCUAACAAGGUAGAUAGGAAUGUUUUAUAUCGACUUCCUCUGUUUUGCUGCUGAUGUGGACUCCGAUAAACACCUCCCCAUGUUUCACAAUCAGUAAACUUUGCUUUUUGAGUGCAAAGUUCAGCCUUUUUGUGUAUUCCCCUCUGCCCCUCUAAAAGUUGUGGUUACCAAUGUGCGCUUAUUUUUGCAUAUUUAUUACCAAAAAACCCAAUUCUGUUCAGCAGAAUUACAUAUUAGAAAAAUUUAAAUUUGACAGCCUGCUCUACAUAUUUAUACGUAUAUACUGUAUAUAUUUUUAAUAAACACCAAUGAUUAAUUUGCUUGAUUAUGUCAAACUGUCAUUGCUGCAUUUUGAGUUGUAGAUAAAUCAUUGCUCUCAGUUACAAACAUCACUCCAUGGUUUGUUUUUUGAGGCGCUAUGGGUUAGUUUUAAAGCCAAUUGAAAGAUUGUCAGUUUGAGCCCUUGCUCGGCCACGUGUCAGUGUCCUUUGGCGAGAAAACAAACCCCUCACUGACCUCAAAAUGAUUAUCAGAGAAAAACUCUUGCGUAGUUGCACUUCGUCUUCAUAGGAUUUAAAUAGUUUACUCCAAACAUAUAGAGAAUGUAGGUUUUUGUGGUGCUGUCUGGAUUCUGUUUCCACACAUUUCUAUUAAAGAUCGUAGAAUUUCAGUAUGCUAUCAUUAUUACAGUAGAAUAUUAACUGGAGACAAUUUCUUUCUUUUUCUGAUGUUUUUAGUCUUAGUAAUCCAGCUGUCUGGCUCCUGUUGUAGUCUGGGUUGUGUGUCUGGCCUCCUUUCGACUCUGUGGGUUGUUUGGAUAUGAAGGCAUCGAACAGAUUAAACCAAACCCUUAAGAUUUUCAGUCGGUCACUAGGAUAUCUUCAACAAUACCAAAGACCCCAAUAUAAAAGUCAGUUGGCGGUCACUGACGGUAUUUUAAUUGGAUCAUUUAAAGAUGAAGGCUUCGUUUGUGAAAUUGAUACAGCUUGAGUCAAAUGUCGCCCACAUUUGUCGAAAGACACCAUAAAAAUCGACCAAAUAAAUCUAUUAUUCUAAAGUUAUUUCUAAUCAGUAUGCAACAGAGGAGGAUCACCUCCCCACACAUGAGGAAAUUGAUCAUUUCUUGGCUUUGUGAAAGGAAUCAUUUAAUAAAUGUAAUAAAAAAUGAUUUCCUUUGUCUCGUGGAAAAGGUCUUGUUUCUCAUUGGCAACAUUAUAGCUGAAGAACAGCUUUACUUCAGUGCUGACGUAGGGGAGCCAGAAACGCUUGGACAGCAUGUGUUCUUCGUCUCACAUUUUUGUACUUUAUGUGCUGCAUGAAAGUGCUUUUGUGCCGGCAGAGAUUUUUCAUUACUUCUUAGCAAAUGUGAUGCAUCAGAGGGACUGUAAACAGCAUUGCCUGGCCGCUUGCAAAGAGUACAAAGGGUUUGCUUUAUGUGAAAUGUUAGAUAACCUAACGUAGCCACAGGGCUGAGAUGUAAGUGCAGUCAUUCACCAUUAUUCAACCCAUGACCGCCUGCUGACGACAUCCGCAUUCUACAGAGUUGACUCGGUCGGAAAUAUUUGUAUGAAAUGUUAGAAUUAAUACUUUGAUAAAUACUUUGGGAUUUUGUGUUGGUAUUUAGGCACAUGGAUACACACAGGUUCAUCCCACUGAAUAAGAAUAUCUUUAAGGACAAUUUUAUGGUGUAUCUCAUCCAGGGUUCCUUAAAGAGUUGUUGCUGAUGCUGAAAGCUGUGGGCAGGACGUAUCUAAUGUUGCAGACUUUAUUCCAGGGCUUCUGAUGAAGCCUCUGACUGAAGAUGCUUUCUUAUUACUGCAUCAGUGCUGUGCGUUAUGGAGGUGAUCGGCCUGUUACUCUGCUGAGGAAUUAAGAAAACCCAAAUUUCUUUGAUAAUCGUCUUCAGCUCAUCUGCAUUGUUUGGUCUGGUGUUCUUUGUUCAAUGCCCUGUAGAUUUUUUGCAGGGUUUACAUCAGGCUAAUCUUCUGCCCAAUCAAAUGUCAUUAUGAAUGAUGAAUGGACCUAACUUCAUAAUUCUCUAUGCUACUGUUAAUUCAAUAGCUAAUAUCUGUUUUUUUAUUUUUAUUACAACUUUUUAGUUUCAUGCUUUCUCCUUCCAUCAGUACCCUUUGAUGCAACACUCCCUGAACUGUUUUAUUUUCCUUUUUUUUUUAAAUGGUCUUACAUGAGGUCAUGUUUUGUGAAAAUUAAUUUUGUUUUCAUUAGCUGGAAGUCAAAAACACUCUAAAUAUGUCACUCUGUGUGGACUACAUCUACAUAAACUUCACAUUUUGAUUACUGAAACAAGUACAUUUUUUGAUGAUGAUCAAAUUUACUGAUCUGCACAUCUAUGCUCAAUUUCAUAAACCCUCUUAAACAUGAAGUAAAAUGUGUUGUAUGUAUCAUUUAGUGUGCUUAGUUGCUUGAUCUUAUUCCAUAGUUGGGUAAAUAUGAGAAUCUGUCAUUUACUUCCAACUUCUAAGCAGUUUAUUUCACUCAGGUUUACAUUUAGCUCAGAAGAUUUUUCUCUGUAAUCACACUCUAAGCUGCUAGUACAACUGGUUCUGUUCUUCUGUUUUUGAGUUGAGAACAUUUGUCCAUGCUGCAGCAGUAUGUUCACAUUGGAUCUUUAGGAGGCACCUAUACCAUUCAGAACUGCUUGGUUCAUAUCAUAACCCCGGCAGCUGGCUUGACUCGGCAUUCCCACCUGACGCUGGCGGAUGUUGUUCUCCGUGUGUAUUUUGUGCUUUUUAAAAAAUUUUCUCCGUAGAGUGAAGCACUAAAAGUAGAGUUGUGAUAAUGUGUAUUCACAAACUGAGAAGUGAUGCGCUACCCAGCAAGAACCAGGCUUGUAAUUAUCAUAUUUUGUUUUUAUUUGUUGUGUAGCUUUAUGCCAGUAUAUAGAGGAUACUAAAUUCAGAGAUGGGGCCAGAGGAAAAUUGGCGAGGUCAAACGAAGGUAACCGUUCCCACCACACACACUGCUUUUUUUCCCCCCCUCCCGACCAAAGCUUAGCUUUGACCCCCUUUGACCUUCAACCUGAUGCACCUUAUUAUCACCCACCUCUCCCACUUCUGCAUCCCCUUCUUUUUUUUUUUUUGCAAACCCCCAGAAUCUGGGAUGGAUUUUUGCCCUUCCCGUUUUGUGCACUCCUAACUUCUCUCCCCCCUGGUUUCGUGUCCCUCCUCUCCUCCAGUAGCAGCUGAACAAGGAGCUGAUGUCUGACAAUCACUGCUUCUGUAUCUCGCACACACAUCCAGUGUCGCCUGCACUGGCAUCGCUUGGUCAAUGUUUACUCUCCCCCUCCUGCCCCCCCCUUACACUCUGAAUGACUUUUCAGUGCUGCCUUGGUGUGUGCAUCACUUCUGCUUUACUCUGGGUCUAAAUCAACUCAACUUGUGCUUCUCUGACUGAUUUACUCUGUGUCCCUCUGUACUGCCAUUAAAGCUGUCGUGAAGCAUUUAGAUCCGCAAAGUUUCACUUUUCACAAGAUGCAGCUGGUAAUUUGUUUACUUUUUCGGGCACAGGAUGCAGAUGGCAGCUUUACAUGAUGCAAUACAAACUUCCUCUAAAGAGAAACGUGCUGAUUUUAUUUCUUUUUAUCUCUUUCCCUUGGUGAUGCGCCUGGCACUUUAAGCUUGCUUCUCAGUAAACUGCAGCUUUUUUUCCCCAGUGUCUGCAUGUGAUAAACCAACUAACUAAUUGCAUACUUGUCUGUUGUUUUUUUUUUUUUUGCAUUUCUCUCUGUCGUUUUGACUUCCAGGUGAGAAUUUUGAGCAGAGUCCGUUGCGGAGAACUUUUAAAUCCAAAGUCCUAGCUCAUUAUCCUGACAAUGUUGAGUGGAAUCCAUUCGACCAGGAUGCAGUUGGCAUGCUCUGCAUGCCGAAGGGUCUGUCCUUCAGGACGCAGGUUGACUCCAGAGAGCCGCAGUUCCACUCGUUCAUCAUCACCAGAGAGGACGGCUCGCGGACCUACGGCUUCGCCCUCACUUUCUUCGAGGAGGUGACCAGCAAGCAGAUAUGCAGUGCAAUGCAGACUCUUUACCACAUGCACAAUGCAGAGCAGUACGACAUCUUGCACACCCCAACAACCCCGCACGGACCGGAGGACCAGCGCCUCCCUCAGCCCCGCCCUGUGCUCCACGCCGCUCCGGCCAUCUCCCGUCUGCAGCGCUUCAACUCGCCUGCAGGAAGGUGCUGGAGCAGCUUCACCAAGCCGUCACGUCCCCCCAGCCCCCGCCGCUGCCGCUGGAGAGCUACAUCUACAACAUCCUGUACGAGGUGCCCCUCCCGCCGUCGGGACGUUCGCUCAAGUUCUCGGGAGUCUAUGGUCCCAUUGUGUGCCAGAGGCCGAGCACGUCUGAGCUCCCGCUCUUUGACUUUGCCAUCAGUGAAAUGUUCAAUCUGCUCGGGGUGGAGAACGUUCUUCAGCUGUUCACCUGCGCCCUGCUUGAGCUGCAGAUCCUCCUCUACUCACAGCAUUACCAGAGGCUGAUGGCGGUGGCGGAGAGCAUCACGGCCUUAAUGUUCCCCUUCCAGUGGCAGCAUGUCUAUGUUCCCAUUCUGCCCGCUUCCCUCCUGCACUUCCUGGACGCUCCUGUGCCGUAUCUAAUGGGCCUCCACUCUAAUGGGCAGGAUGACCGCACAAAGCUGGAGCUGCCACAAGAGGCUAACUUGUGUUUUGUGGACAUUGAUAAUCACUUCAUUGAACUGCCGGAGGAGUUGCCGCAGUUUCCCAACAAACUGGAGUUCAUUCAGGAGAUCUCAGAGGUUCUCAUGUCGUUCGGCGUCUCUCCGGAGGGAAACAUCCACUCCAGUGAGAGUCAGGGAAGAUCCCGCUUCCGUUCUGUCGACAUGGUCUCCGACAAGCGCAACGGCAACCUGGGGUCGCCCCUCACCUCCUACCUGCUCAGGGAGAACGAAACAAUCGCCCGGCUACAGGCCCUGGUCAAGAGAACAGGCGUGAGCCUGGAGAAGUUGGAGGUGAGAGAUGAUGCCAGCUGCAACAAAGAUGCGCGGGCUCAGUGCGACGAGGAAGAGCUGAAGAUGCACCAGCUCAACAUCCAAGUGCGCGAGGUCUUCGCCAACCGAUUCACGCAGAUGUUUGCCGACUAUGAGGUGUUCGUCAUCCAGCCGAGCCACGACAAAGAGUCCUGGUUCACCAACAGAGACCAGAUGCAGAACUUUGACAAGGCCUCCUUCCUGUCUGAUCAACCAGAACCCUACCUGCCCUUCCUGUCACGUUUCCUGGAGACUCAGAUGUUUGCCUCUUUCAUCGAUAGUAAGAUUCUUUGUCACGACGAUGAGGAGAAGGAACACACACUAAGGGUGUUUGAUGCCCGUGUGGACAAGAUCCGCAUGCUGAACGUCCGUACGCCUACGCUGCGAACCUCCAUGUACCAAAAAUGCACCAACAUCGAGGAAGCGGACAGGCCAAUUAAAAAGCGCUUUGAAAAAACAGAUUUUGUCGCUGCUGGACCACAAAUCAUUGGGCUGGAGAAAAACAAGACCAACCAUCAGAAAGCUAUUGAGAUGAGAGUGGCAAAGAUCGACCACACUGCUCUGCACCCCCAUCUGCUCGACAUGAAGAUCGGCCAGGGCCGCUACGAGCAGGGCUUCUUCCCCCGGCUGCAGUCGGACGUGCUCUCCACGGGGCCCACCAGCAACAAAUGGGCUAAGAGAAGUGCCCCGGCUCAGUGGAGGAGGAGAGACCGGCAGAAGCAACACGCUGAGCACCUUUAUCUGGACAAUGACCAGAGAGAGAAAUACAUCCAGGAAGCUCGAAAUUUGGGCACCACCAUCAGACAGCCUAAACUGUCCAACCUGUCGCCCUCUGUCAUCGCUCAGACCAACUGGAAGUUUGUUGAAGGACUAUUGAAAGAGUGCAGGAACAAGACAAAACGAAUGCUGGUAGAGAAGAUGGGUCGAGAGGCCGUGGAAUUGGGUCACGGCGAGGUUAGCAUCACAGGUGUGGAGGAGAACACCUUGAUUGCGAGUCUCUGUGACCUCCUGGAGAGGAUCUGGAGUCACGGGCUGCAGGUUAAACAGGGGAAAUCCGCCUUAUGGUCCCACCUCCUGCAUUACCAGGACAGCAAAGAGAAGAAUGCCACUCCAGGCGGGUUGGGACCUCCAGGGUUCAUUCAUGACACGGAGCGGAGGAAAUCUGAUGGUGGUGGAUCAGCCAUGCCUCCACUCAGGAUCUCCCUGAUCCAGGACAUGAGACACAUUCAGAACAUUGGGGAGAUCAAGACCGACGUGGGCAAGGCCAGAGCCUGGGUCCGCCUCUCCAUGGAGAAGAAGCUGCUUUCCAGACACUUGAAGCAGCUGCUCUCAGAUCACGAGCUAACAAAAAAACUGUACAAGCGUUAUGCCUUCCUGCGCUGUGACGACGAGAAGGAGCAGUUCCUUUACCAUCUGCUGUCCUUUAAUGCCGUCGAUUACUUUUGUUUCACCAACGUCUUCACAACCAUCAUGAUCCCUUACCACGUGGUGAUUGUUCCAAGCAAGAAGCUCGGCGGCUCCAUGUUCACAGCCAACCCCUGGGUGUGUGUUUCCGGCGAGCUGUCAGAGACCGGAGUCCUUCAGGUCCCCAGAAACACCUUGGAGAUCACUUUUGAGUGUCAGAACCUGGGAAAGCUCACAACGGUACAGAUGGGUCACGACAACUCAGGACUGUACGCCAAGUGGCUUGUGGAGAGUGUCGUGGUCCGGAACGAGAUCACAGGGCACACUUACAAGUUUCCAUGUGGUCGCUGGUUGGGGAAAGGCAUAGAUGAUGGUAGUCUGGAGAGGAUACUAGUGGGAGAGCUGAUGACCCCCACUACUGAAAAUGAUGAGAGGAUGUGCCGCACACCACCCAUGCAGCAGUCUCCGGGGAUGAUGAGGAGAUUUGUUACCAUCUCACCAAGCAGCAAACCAAAGUUGAACACAGGCCAGAUCCAGGAGGGAGUGGGAGAGGCCAUCAAUGGUAUCGUGAAACACUUCCACAAGCCGGAGAAGGAGAGAGGCAGUCUGACGCUGCUGCUGUGUGGGGAGUACGGUCUCGUCUGGGCUCUGGAGCAAGUUUUCCAGCACGGUUUUAAAUCACCUCGACUCUUUAAGAACGUCUUCAUUUGGGACUUUUUGGAGAAGGCACAAGUGUACUUUGAAAGUGCUGAGCAACGGGAGGCCACUCCAGAUGAAAACUGGCAAACCAGAGUGCGCCACUUCUGCCGCUUCAUGCGGGCCAUCAAUAGCACGUCGAGAAAUAUUGGCAAGGACGGGAAGUUUCAGAUGCUUGUCUGUCUGGGAGCAAGGGACCAUUUGCUGCAUCACUGGAUUGCUCUGCUUGCAGAUUGUCCAAUCACCUCCCAGAUGUACGAGGACACUGCACUCAUUAAGGACCGCUCACUGGUAAACUCUCUGAUCCGAGUGCUACAGACUCUGCAGGAGUUCAACAUCACCCUGGAGGCUUCGUUAGUCAAAGGAGUUGGCAUCUGAAACCAAACCACGCUCUCCACCAGUCGUACCCAACAGGAAUAUCACAGAGGACCACUAAGAGAGAAGAAUAACUGACCUUUUUUUAAUGCAGGAACAGACUUGAACAAAGAACACUUUCUGGUUUACUGAAGCUACUGUCACAUUUGCCAUAAUUUAAGUGCAAUGAGCCUUUCAAGAUUUAUUUUUAUCCUCAAUGAUGAUGAUGAUGCCAUUAGAUGUUGAAGAAUUAUGUUUUCUAUUAUGGACCGUGGUUUUCACAUCAUUGAGGAUGACCUUGUGCUAUAAUGUUUUACUGAAAGCUCAAUAUUUUCAUCGUUGCCGUGACUUGAUGACAGCGGUUUUAUUUAAGGGAAAGCGAGGAUUAAAACUGUUAAUAUAUUUUCAGAUAAAAACAGUAUUAUUUUGUUAAAUCAGUGCUGUUGCUUGCUCUGUUGUCAAAUCUGAUUUUUAAAUGUCAUAGCGCAGAGUUUAAAGCAAAUGAUGUAGAAGUAUGCUUUAUAAGUAUGCGUAUGGCAGGGUAGAGUGGUAGGCGAUUUUCUUUUUUUUAUAUAUACAAGUUUGACUCUUUCCCAAGCAAACAUACAUGUAUGUAUGCAAAUAUUUUAUUUGGAAUACCUUCAAUUGAAGAAAAGGUCAUCCUUUCACGAUGAGACUGUGUGGCUCAAGCCUGCUCCAAGUAAUGAAUGGUAUGUUCAGUUGGUUUCAGGAAAAUAAAACCAAGUCUUGUGUUCCAGAGCGCUCCAAGAGAUGCUUGACCCUGUUAUUUUUUGCAAAGUUAACAACUUCAACCUUCAGUGUAAAUACCUCCCAGCAGCCAUUUCCUUGUACCAUCAUUGCAACCCUUACACUACAUGUACUCUGUUCUUUGAACUACAAUGCGAUGACCUGAGUAGUUCCUGUGCUGACUUCUGACCUCUUGAUAAAUAUGUGAGGAGCUCAAAGGACUGUUUUAUUUCCCCACACUUGUUCCUGGUUUUUGUCAUCCUGGUUUCUUGCUAUGCAAUAACUACAAGAGAAAACUGAGAUAUUACUGGGCUCUCUCCAUUUACAUAGGAUUGAACUUUAUCUUGCGGAAUAAGAGAUUUGAUAUGUGACGGACUUUUUUUUGUGUGCCAACGGCGUCUGGAAUGACUGUGUUGUACUCAUCUGUGUACGACCCACAAAAGCAUCUUGGGAGAUAUAUAUUUUUCUUUUCCAGUACAGUUGUACAUUUAUCAACAUACUUGUGUAAUGUAGUGUUUACUAAGUGAGCAACUGUGUACAGUGUAAAAAUAUUAAGAAUAAAGCAUCUGUAAAGCAUUA